CACCACAAGGCGAGUUAAAAUUGGACAGAGAGUUAAAUGUUUUUCGAUUUUCAAACAGUGAACUUGUGCGGUGCGUGAAAAUUCAAUUCGUUCAUCAUUUAAAUCGCGUGAGAUUGUAGCUGUUUAACGACUCUCGCCAUGUCGACUAGCCCGAAACCGGUUAAGAAGGUGCCGAUUCACUUGCAGAGCGCCCAGAAUCGUGUCUACAUAAAAAAUGGCGAGAUCGUCAACCAUGAUAAAUCGUUUAAAGCGGACGUUUACAUCGAGGACGGAGUUAUCAAGUUUGUGGGACCCUCCUCAGAAAUUACGAUACCGGGAGGAGUUCGGACCAUCGACGCCAGCGGUCUGAUGAUCAUUCCCGGAGGCAUCGAUCCACACACCCACAUGCAACUGCCCUUCGGAGGAGCUGUGGCCGUGGAUGAUUUCUACCAUGGAACCAAGGCUGCCGUUGCAGGUGGCACCACCAUGAUAAUCGAUUUCGUUCUGCCCAACAAACACGAGUCGAUGAUCGAGGCCUACGACAAGUGGCGAAGCUGGGCCGAUCCUAAGGUUUGUUGUGACUACGGAUUGCAUGUGGGUAUCACCUGGUGGUCCAAGUCGGUGUCUGAAGAGAUUGGCAUUCUGUGCAAAGAGCUUGGAGUAAACUCCUUUAAAACAUUUAUGGCUUACAAAGGACUAUAUCAGCUGAACGAUUCGGACCUUUUGGAUGUGUUUGAGCGCAUAAGGCAUUUGAAUGGUGUCGCCAUGGUACACGCGGAAAACGGGGAUAUCAUUGCAAAGAACACGCAGCGGCUGCUGGCCGAGGGCAUCAAUGGGCCGGAGGGUCACGAGCUGUCGCGACCCGAGGAGGUCGAGGCCGAGGCGGUGCACCGCGCAUGUGUACUGGCCCACCAGGCCGAUUGUCCGCUCUACGUGGUCCACGUGAUGAGCAAGUCGGCGGGCAUUGAGCUGGCCAGGGCCCGCCACCGAUACCGGGGGCGGUACAUCAUGGGCGAGACCCUGGCCGCGGCGCUGGGCACGGAUGCGACCUGUUGCCAGCACCUGGGCUUCGAUCACGAGGCCGCGCAUGUGCUCAGUCCGCCCUUGCGGCCCGACAAGACGACCCCCGAGUUCUUGAUGAAGCUGCUGGCGAAUGACGACCUGCAGCUGACUGGCAGCGACAACUGCACCUUCAACAAGGAACACAAGGCUUUGGGCAAAGGCGACUUUACAAAGAUUCCCAACGGAGUCAACGGAGUGGAGGAUCGCAUGUCGCUGGUCUGGGAGAAGGGCGUCCACGCCGGGCUCCUCGAUCCAUGCCGCUUUGUGGCCGUGACCAGCACGAAUGCGGCCAAGAUAUUCAACAUUUAUCCCCAGAAGGGACGUAUUGCUGUUGGAUCGGAUGCGGACAUCGUGAUCUGGAAUCCGAAUGCCACCCGUACCAUUUCGAAGGACACGCACCACCACGCCUGUGACUUCAAUAUUUUCGAGGGCAUGACUGUGCACGGCGUCUGCGAGUUUGUCCUGGUGCGCGGACGGAUCUGCGCCGAGCGCGGGAACGUGCGAGUAGCGGAAGGCUUCGGACGGUUCAUUCCCACACCUGUCCGACCGCCGUUCGUCUAUGACAUCAUCGAGGGCAAGGUACAGUCGCCGCCGGAGGAGCAGCACGAGGAGAAACAGAACGGCAACAUGGCGAAGCGGUUUGCCGAGUUGGAUAUUCAAAUCCCGGUACAGGAGCCAAUAAGCGUCAUGUUGGCCGGCAACCUGGCCAUGCCGGCGGAAGGAUCACUGUGCAGCACGCCUUCAGUGCGGGGACGCGUCGACGGCAAGCGGGACUUGCAGGAGUCUUCCUUCUCCAUAAGCGAGGAAUUAGACAGGUCUGGCGUUCGAGCGUGCAUUAAAGUGAAAAACCCACCUGGCGGAAAGUCUUCCGGAUUCUGGUAGACCACAGAUCUUAAUUUGUGUGGAUGCGGAAUCGCACAAUCUUUAAGGACAGUGUAAGCCAAAGUCUGCGCUUAUUCAAUAACUAAACUGGCAUUUAAUAUAAAACCCUAAAACAAAAUCGUAAUCUAACCAAAUUUCAAAAUAAGUAAUUACGAGUAUAGCCACAAACCUAAAAAGAAAGAAUCAUACAAUCUGCUUCGUCAUAAAAUAUUUAGAACCGAUUGCCUCAUGUUGAUACAAGUUUUGUUAAAUUCUUUAACUUUGUAGCCUAUAAGCAAGUCUUGAAUUGAGGACUAUGAAAAUCAAAGAAAUUUGCGGACUUAGGUAUUUUUUGUUGAACAGUUUACUUUUAAAUACUUCAUUAUUUACAUGGAGACUUAGCACAAUUUUUUGUACUCUUGAAAGCUAAUAGGCAAUCCAAGCAAAAUCAAAAGGUCCGAACGAUUAAUAAUUGAGUUAAAUGCAUAAUAAUUAUAAUUGUUUAUUGAUAUCCCGCUUUGAAGUAGAGUAAUUUGGUCAUGCCAAGUGAGACAAGUUUGUGAGCAAAUACGGCAUUUCUAAAAUUAGAUACUUCAAUCAUAUUUUGAAAAAUUAUAAAUGUGCAGAACUAUUUAUUAUAAACACAUACUUUAUAUACAUAUAUUUAAUAACAAAAGCAGAACACAAAGAUCAAACUAAUAAACUUUACCAACAAAAAUGUAA